AUGACCAUUAUGAGGAUUUACUCCAUAUACGUUGAUGACAUCAUUGUUACUGGCAGCUCAAAUCAGUAUAUCCCUGAGGUAAUUACUCAACUCAGCUCUCAUUUUGCCUUGAAAGACAUGGAAAAACUGCAUUAUUUUCUUGGAUUAGAAGUAGCAUACACUACUGAUGGCAGUCUUUUGUUAUUUCAAACUAAGUAUGUCAAUGAUAUCUUGAAGAAAGCAAAUAUGGUUGGCUGCAAGCUAUAUGCAACCCCAAUACCUUCCUCUCUGAGACUUAGCAAAACUGGCAGCCCUCCCUUCAAUGAUCCGGCCCUGUAUUGUGCAGUUGUUGGGAGUCUUCAGUACCUCACAAUCACUUGA